AUGUCUAAAGAGAUUGCUAUUUUGCAACAAGAUUAUGCAUCUCUCAAUCAGAAAAUGGACAUCAUUACAGAUACAGUGACAAAAUUUGUCAAAUUAUAUGAAGCUCUGGGUCCUCAGAUUGCUCACAUGUCUACACAUGAAGCUCAAAGAUUGUCUGAAAUUACCAAUAUGUUGAAUGAAUUGAAAGCACUUGUCUUGAAGCCUGGAUCCUCUCCUUUGAUCACACCAGAAUUCUUGUCUCAAAAAUUCCUCUUGUUUGAAUCAGUUCUUCACAAACAGUUAGCACCAUUGUCUGAAAUUGUGAUAGGAGGUUCGUGCUAUAUGAGGUUGAUGAGUUGGGAAAUCCAUCAGGAUUUAAGAGAUGAAAGAUCUUUAUCGAAUCCAAGUGGGAAAGAAUCGAUCAAGACUUCCGGGAAUUAG